AUGAUGGCAACUGUGAGGUUCCUGCUGCUGCUCCUGCCUGCCUGGGGCCAGCUCAUGCGCCGCGCCAAUGGCCCUUCGGGCGGCCGCGAGAAGCGGCUGCAGGGCGCGCUGCGCGAGGCGCUGCGCAAGGUGCCGGCGGAGCGGGUGCUCUUCGUGGAGGAGAGCCUGCGGCCGAGCUACGAGGCCUUCCCCAAGGAUGCCCGCGGCAACCUGCCGCCGCACCAGGUUCUGCCGGCCCUGGCCCGCGCCUACUUUGCCAAGGAGCACGGGUGGCUGGUGCGGGGCCUGGAGUCGCCUGGGGCGCCGAUCAUCGCCCCGGGGGACUCCUAUGAGGCGGCCUCGGCGCCCGGAGAGGGGGGCGACCUGUACCAGGCGCACGUGCUCCAGGCGAAGGCGCCGGAGUUGGCGUCGGCGCUGAAGGACGCGGCCCUCAGCCCGGUGUCCAGCUCGCAGGGCCUGUCCCUGGCGGAUGUUGCCCAGACGGUGGCCGCCUUGGAGCAGCUGCUGCUGGAGGAGUCCUUGCCCUUGUUGCGGGCCUCGUACGUGCUCAACGAGCUGGACACGGCAGGUGAGCAUGUGCCCCCUGCUUUGGAGGAGACCCAAGCUCAUGAGGCCCUCCAGUCGUAUCUGCUGCUCUUCCGCCACGGCCUGCCGCGGGACUUGGAGGACGUGGCCCGGCACCAGGCGCUGAAGCAGCGCGCGCAGAGGUCCUCCGACUGGCCGGCCCUGCGCGGCUUCGAGGCGGAGGUGCUGAACAAAACCCAGCGAACGGACGGCAAAGUCACCUGGCCCCAGGCGACGGAGGCCGUGAUGUCCCUGGCCAGGCAGUACGGCAGGUGGCAGAACGCUGAGUGCCAGGACAUGAAAUCCACCCUGACGAAGAUGGGGGCGGACGGCCGCGUGCUGCUGCAGGACUUCCAUGGGUCGCCCAAGUACCCGCACUUCCAGUUCACCGAGAAGGAGGAGUACCUGCGCAGCGCCGGCAUCCUGCUGGAGGAGGAUGAGCAGAAGUACGUGCUCAUCUCCAACUAUCUUCAGGGACCUUCCAACUGCAUCGCCUCGUCCGAGUACUUCGCGGUUUGCUGCCUCAACGAAUGCGAGGCGCUGGUGAAUCAGUUCGAGGCCUCGCUGCGGGCGCCCGCGGGCUCGGCGGCGCAGGUGGCGGAGACGGCGGCAGCGCUGGGCGCCGCGGCGGAGGCCGCCGCGGAGCUGCCGGGGUUGGCAGACGACAGCGGCGCCGUGGUGCUGCACACGGCCACCUUUAGGCAGUGGCUGCACCGGGCCUUCCCGCUGGAGUGCGCGCGCCCCACGGCGCAAGAAGACGCGGCGGAGGAGGCGGAACUGGCGGAGGCCCGCGAGUGGCUGGAGAUGGAUGAGGCGGCGCGCCAGAAGUGGAAGCCUCUGGUGCUCCACCCCUCCGAGUGCACGCGCCUGCCCGAGUGGCACAGUGCCGCCGAGGGCCCUCCGGGCGACAUGCUGGAGGUCUGA